AUGGCUGCAGCCCUGCACCAGAACGGCAGCGCCUCAACAUGUCUAGAGCAGCCCAUCGAGCUCCAAGACGUCUCUGGUUUCCUCGCAAAGCCCCAAGAUGCCAAAAUAGCUGCACAGUCGCAGCAAGCGACUGCCAGUGGCGCUGGCCUGCGACUAUCAGACGCAAAGGGUCUCUACGACACCAGCGACCCCGUCGAGAACCUGCCCUCACCCACAACACAAGCUGCCGACAAGCUCGAACAAUGGAAUCAUCCCCGCUCAAACUUUUUUCGCACCGCCGCCGCUUUCUGGAGCUUUGUCGUCAUGGGGAGCAACGACGCUGCGUAUGGCGCCUUGAUCCCUUAUUUACAAGAUUACUACCAUUUGACUUUUGUCGUCAUUUCCCUCGUCUUCUUGUCCCCGCUCGUGGGCUACACGGCAUCGGCCCUGCUCAACAAUGCUAUUCAUCUCAAGUUUGGCCAGCGAGGCGUGGCCAUUCUCGCGCCCAGCUGUCAUCUCAUCGCGUACAUCGUCAUUGCUGUACACCCGCCGUAUCCUGUCCUAGUCGUCAUUUUCAUGCUAGCAGGGUUUGGCAAUGGUCUGGCUGACGCCGCGUGGAAUGCUUGGAUCGGUAACAUGGCAAAUCCGAAUGAGGUUCUGGGCUUCUUGCAUGCUUUCUACGGUCUUGGCGCCGUGCUGUCGCCGUUGAUUGCAACCACCAUGAUUACAAAGGGAAGCAAGCUGCCAUGGUACACCUUCUACUAUGUUAUGAUCGCCAUGGCCGCCCUUGAACUCGGCACCUCGGCAACCGCCUUCUGGCGCGAAACAGGUGCCAAGUUCCGUGCUGCCAAUCCCCGCACCGGCAACACAAAAGACACCCGCAUGAAAGAGGCUCUAAUACGUCUGCCUCAGGCUAGAGUCACGUGGCUCUGUGCCCUCUUCCUACUUGGCUACGUGGGCAUCGAAGUCGCCCUCGGUGGCUGGAUCGUCAAGUUUAUGCUGGAAGUGCGUGAUGGCGAGGACUUUGCCAGCGGCAUGACUGCCACGGGGUUUUGGAUGGGCAUUACGGUUGGAAGGAUGGUGCUGGGUUUUGUGACGCCCAGACUGGGUGAGAAACUGGCCAUUGCUAUUUACCUUCCUAUCACUAUGGCUCUUGAGCUCAUCUUCUGGCUUGUGCCUCAGUUCUACGUCUCGGCUGUGGCAGUAAGCCUACAGGGCUUCUUCCUUGGUCCCCUUUUCCCUGCCGCCAUUGUCGCUGCCACCAAGCUGCUUCCACGCCAUCUGCACGUCGGUGCCAUUGGCUUCGCCGCUGCAUUUGGUGGGAGCGGCGCGGCGAUUUUCCCAUUUGUAGUCGGUGCUAUUGCCCAGGCAAAAGGUGUACAGGUGUUGCAGCCCAUUAUCCUGGCGCUCCUAGGUGUCAUUCUUGCGCUGUGGCUGUGUUUGCCCAGGAUCCAUAAGAAGCAGGAGUGAGACUAGAUAUACAUCUACGCACGUGGAGGAAAGGAACAGUAUGGGAUGUGUAAAAGCCUUUAAAAAUUGACAUAUCCAACACACCGAGUUGCUAGUUUGCAUAUUAGUAGCGCUGCUGCAUCACCCAACAUGAACAUGUACC